AUGUUUAAUUUGCAGGAUUCUUUAGAAGAUUUUGGUGGCGGUGGUCAAAAUUACAGCAUAUUAUUUGCUACAGAUGAGGAAUUUGCAAACAAGGAUGAUGCUGUUGCUUGGGUGAAAGGCAUGGGCAUGGCAAAUGGUAUGAUUAUAAAUGUAGUUUCUAGUAAGAAGAAGAAUGCUAUUCUGAUGAGAUGCUGUAAAGGGGGAAAGGUAUCAGUUGAUGAUGGUGAAUACUAUGUCACAUCAGAUUCGAAGACACAGAACACUGGGUGUAAAUUUAAGUUAUAUGUGCACCCAGUGGAUGGGAAGUGGCGCAUUCGGGUGUAUCCUGGUGAGUUUGGAAUGCAUAACCACGAGCUGUUUGACGAAGAUCAUCCCACGAGGGGCCUUAGCGAUGGAGUGAAACAGCUUAUACAGGGUAUGUCCAAAGAUGGGUGCAGACCGUGUCAGAUCAUGACUGCGAUUCAGAGGAUCUUUCCUGAUGAAAAAGUUAACAGACGGCAAGUGUACAAUUUCAGGAAGAAAUUGCGUAAUGAGGGAUUCCCGGUGUUGGGUGAAUCGAGUGCCAUGGAUGUCGCAACGAAGACACUAGCGCGACAUCUCAACAAGGAAUUGAAAAUUGAUGCCAAGAUUGCAAAUGGCUUUACAUAUGGGUUGUGGAAAGAUGUUGUGGAAGCUAAUAACCAAGAUGAGUACAAUAAAGCUGUUGCCGUAAUAAACCGUCGUUGGCAGUCUUUUCCGAGAGUUCUUACUUAUAUCCAGAAGACAUGGCUAGUGGUUGACUACAAAUUCGUCAAGGCAUGGACGAAUGCUGUGUUUCAUAUGGGCAACACUACUACAGGUAGGGUGGAGAGCGCGCACAAGCAGUUAAAAACCUGGCUGGAAACAUCCACGGCGUCCCUGGAUACACUUUGGGCUAAGGUGCACUUGGAAAUUCAGAGUCAGCUAACCGAAAUACGGUACAAAUUGGAGUACUCGAGACAGAAAAUUGGCACCCAUUAUUGCGAUUUUCCACUGAACCGCUUGAAGUUUCAAGUUUCACAUACUUGUUUCCAAAAGCUGAACACUGAGUGGUCGAAGGUGCAAGAGUGGAAAGAAGAAACCAAUGACCGAUGCGAUCAUGUGGUGUACUGGACUUGUCGAAUUCCAUGUGCGUGCGCCCUCAAAAAGGCUGCAGAUGCCGGCACAUCGAUAACUCUUAAGCAUAUUCACCCAUUUUGGGCGACCCUUAAUAUCGGUGAACAGGCUGGUACGAGUGCUCCUACCGAUGUGGAUGACGAGGUCCUUUAUACCAGACAGUUGAUGGAAGAGCUGAACGAGUGUCCUAAGGCAAGCUUGCUGUGGCCGACCACCAAGACCGUUGGGACGAGCACCCGAGGUGGUAGCGGGGUCGUCGAAGCUCGCAUGGAGCGAUUCGCAGGGGAAUUGCAAGAGGUCAUGCAGCAAAUGAAGGACGACAUGCUAGGGACGCUCAACGAAAUGGUGGAACGUUGCAACAAGUCGAAGGAGGAAAGCCUUGCUCGUGUUGCCGCCCUCCAAGACGACGUGAACCGGCUUAUGGGGGAGCUGGAGACUUCUCGGGCAGAAUCGGCGCGUCUUAAGGCACGGCUUGACGCCGUGGCCGUGCAAGGGACAACCGGAGCCUUGGCAGCAUUGGCACAAGGUUUGUGCCAAGAAGAGGAGAAACGGGUCGCUUGCAUGAAACGGCUAGACGCCGUGCAUGCCAAGGCCGAGACACGUCAAGGCCGUCUUUACAUGGAGGCAUCGUUUGCAAACGGGUCUAGAUGGGGCAUGCUAGACACGGGGGCCGACACGAGUUAUCUCACGGAAGAGGUAGCCCGUUCGCUUGGCGUCAAGUGGACACCUAGCAAAGGCCGUUUCAAGGGCGUGAACGGCGAAUGGACGGGUCUUGUAGGCGAAGCCAGGGAUGUGCCUCUUAAAAUCGGCAACUGGUUAGGUACGGCUAAUUUCUCCAUUGCACCUAUGGAUGAUUAUGGUCUUGUGUUUGGCAUGGAGUUUUUAGACCAGGUAAAGCCGAUCAUUGUGCCUAGCAAUGACACGAUGGUGAUCCUCCAAGGCGAGAAGCCUUGUGUGGUAAAGUUUAGACGGGAAAAUGAGAUUAGCCCUUCCCAGCUGAACAAGGGGCUAAAACAGGGUGAACACACCUUUGCCGCCAUGGUGUUUGAGGAGGAACCAUGCACAGAGGAGCCGGCAAAGGAGGAACGAAUCCCGUCUCCCAUAGAACGAGUCCUUGUUGAGUUCAAGGACGUGAUGCCCGAUGAUUUGCCCAAAGAACAGUGUGGGUUCAAACAACCCGAGGAGGUCAAGAGAAGGAAGGGGCGGCCUAAGGGGGCUAAAUCAAAGAAAAAAACAGAGGCCAACCCUGUUGCCCAUGAACAAUCCCCACAGAAAAAAGCAACUCCUAAUGUGUGGGAUUACAGGGACGAGGCACAAGGAAAGUCGACCACAGUUACUAGCGAUUCAAGUAAGAAGCGCCCCUCGUCUUCAGGUGGUCGUACAGAUGCAUCCACAGAUAUCUUUGCGAAUGAUAUUUCACAGUAUGGUUGCUACGACCUCAUUCCAUGGCCCAUUCGGCCAUAUAUUACCAGUUACCUUGAUGUUGGUGCCCAUGGCAAUUGUGGAUUUCGCGUAGUCGCGAGUAAUAUGUUUUUGAGCCAGGAGAAGUGGCCGAUGGCAAGAGAGGCAAUGGCAAACGAGCUAGAACAGAAUUGGCAUCUAUACACUAGAAUCUACGGGACGUCCUUACAGGAAGAAGUCCGUCGUAUACGGUGGAGUGGACAAGAUUUCGCACCUGACCGCCAUUGGAUGUGUGUGACGGACUUGUUCGUAGUUGCGACUAUGAACAAUGCAAUUGUGUACUAUUACAGUGCAGGGGAAGAGAACCAGUCGCUAAACUCAUCAUGUUGGACUGUACUACCUGUCACUGCACGCGGUGAGGUAACAUGUCCGGCAUUUGAGAUUGGGGUAUGUCACCAUGGUCUUUACAAGCACUUCAUUCGGAUCAAUUUGGACGGUGACUUUCCAGUUCCACCAAUCAAUAAUCGGUGGACUAAGGAACAUCAGCCUAGCGUUACUGGUUGGGAAUUACCACUUCUUCCUAGAAUUCAAGAUUGGUAUAGGUUGGUCCCUAACAAUCCUAGGCGUCCCGUGAAUUUUCAAAAUAAUUUCAUUGAUCUUAGUUUCUUAGAUGAUGAUAAUGAUAUUAUCUAG